UUAUAAAAAAUUUUUUGGGUUAAAAAUAAUCUUGUUAAUUUUGUUUGCAAACAAAAUUAAUAAUGUCAGAAGAAAAUAAAAAAAAACCUAAAUUAAUUGUCUUCGAUUUGGAUUAUACACUGUGGCCAUUUUGGGUGGACACACAUGUUACUCCGCCAUUUUCUCGAAAAAAUGGCUCAGUAGUGGACGCCCGAGGGAAAAAAAUAAAAUUCUACGAGCAAGUACCCGAAAUUUUAGAAAAUUUAGUCUCUCAAGGCAUAGAAAUAGGAAUCGCUUCAAGGACUUCGGAAAUAAAAGGAGCGUACCAAUUACUUAAAUUAUUCAACUGGGAAAAGUAUAUCAAGUACACGGAAAUAUAUCCGGGAUGCAAAAUCACGCAUUUUAAUAAGAUUAAAAAAGCCUCGGGGGUAGAAUUUAAAGACAUGAUCUUCUUCGAUGACGAACACCGGAAUAUUCACGACCUAACUGAAGUUGGGGUUCUGUCAAUAUUAGUAACAAAUGGCGUAACUAAAAGUGUUAUUACAGAAGGUCUAGAUAAAUUUAAUUCCCGUUAGAAAAUUAUAAUUAGAUUUAGUUGUACAGCAGUAAAAACUUACUUUUUUACAAUUUUUCAUCACAUUUGUGCUAAACUGCAUCUUAUUGAAUAAAGCUUUAGUUUCUACCAAAUGACGCUUAAAUACUGUAUGUUACAUGGAAAAAAAUUUUUUUUAAUAUGUAUAUUCUUCCCAGCCUAUAAAACAAACCAAAUAU